AUGAGCGGUCCAAUUACCUAUCCAGCGACCCAUAUCUACCACCUCCCGGACGAAAUUUUGAACAAAAUUCUCGUCUUUGCUGUCCUUGGUUGUUCGAACUCUUUGCUCCCCUUGGACAUCGUGUCCAGAAACGCCAUCACAUCGGUCUCCAAGCUAUGGCAUUCGUUGGCAAUUGAUGAGCCCCGAAUCUGGUCACGGAUUUGCAUGAACCACAUUUAUAGUCGUGAGGAUUGGAGAAAGGCACUUCGGGGAUUUGGGGCCCAGCCAGGGAUGCAUCCAAAAAAUCAGGCUUACUUGGAACGUCUCCCCAUAUGGUUCUCUCGUUCAAAGGACCUUCUGCUGGACGUAACCAUCACUUUCACGAAUGCAUCAGAGGGUGUGCAGAAUGAUGUAAAAAAGGUGGCUUGGCCGUAUCUGGGUCGUUGCCGAUCGUUGAACGUAUCCUUUUAUCUGGAUUCAUCGAUGGCGGGUUCGGGCUUCAUGGUCGAUAAUACCUUUACAUGGUUCCCACUGCCCAACAUGCCCCAUCUCGAUGUUCUAAGUAUUUGCCUAGUGUCGGGGGGACGAUAUCAGGGAACACGAAUCCAUCUUGGUCCACCUCUCACUUUGCGCCAGUUUGAACUCACCGGAGACACGUAUCCUAUCUUUGAUUCGGAAAUCACGGCUGUUGACCAUCUGAGUCUAACCGAUCUUAAUGGCCAUUCCGUGUUCAAGGCCCUGCAACAUUGUCCCGAUGUGAGGCAACUUACCUUGCAACGGACCGAACGCCCUUCGCCACCCUUCCCUCCACAUCUAUCAUUCCCCUCUCUUGAGGUACUUAAGGUUACCAGCUCCUUGCAAUUUCCUAUCGAGGCUGCCCCGAACCUUAAGCAUCUAGAUUGCUUCAGUUGUCACGACCCGCAUCAAACGUACGAACUUGUUCGUGAUUACGAGCAAUGCUUCUCGAAUCUCGAAAUAUUCGCCUUCUGCGGCCUCACUGUGGAUACUCUGCGGAGUAUUGGAAAUCAAUCCUUCAUUCGCUCUGAAAAUCUCAAAGCGAUCAUAUCGUCAUGGGGCUCGGAUCCAAGAACGGUCAUUGAAUUCUUUAGCCUACCUAUCAGUCCAGAUGCAUCUUAUUCUCCCAUGACUUUAACCGAGGGUUCGGUGGACCGGCCCUUCCCCGCUCUCAAAUUACUUGUCAUUGAUGAUAUCGACUUUGACCUCUCAGUUUGGCAUUCAUCCUCUGGAUCACUGGUUGAUAAUUUAGAAGGCAUGCUCGGAGCUCGGCCGGAACUGGUUUUGUAUUGUGUAUCCCCAAACCCCCGCAAAGCCGUGACAAGCACUGUCUUAGAAUUUGCUCGCCGUAUGGGUGGGCGCUUCGUCAUCACUCACUCCCGUCCUCAUUUAGACGCUGAUGAAUCUGUGGAACAGUGCAUAUGGCGAUUCACUCAUGGACGUUUACAAUUUGGAAAUUAG